UUACCACUUCGGAACCAAACCGGACAAAAACUGAACUUAAGAACGUCAAUUUCAGAAUCCAGUAUUUAUCAUCAUCUAAUCUUUCCCGCAAAUCCACCAUAACCAGGCUCUGAUUGUCUUCCAAUUCCUCCACCCAAUUCAUCAUCUUCCGCCUUGGGCCUUUCUUCCAAUUCCUCUCUCUCUCUCUCUCUACAUAAAUACUUCAAGUUUUCCUGUUUCCAUCAAUUUGGACCAAAAGUUAGGGUUUCUGUGAUGCACUUGGUCAAAUCAACCAAUCUUCUCUGAGAUGAGAAACGUACAAGGCCUCACCUCCCGUAUCGCGCUUGCUCUCUCGCCGGUACCCAGUCUUACAGGGGAAAUGGGCGGCCGCAAUGACCACUCUUUCCGGUCCGCUUCCUCUACCUCCUCCUCCUCCUGCCAUGGAUUCUGGCGUGACGCCGUUCUUGCGGUACCUUCGGCUUUGUUCGUACUCUACAUAUCGUUUCAGGCUAAGAAGAACCUCAAGAAGCUCAGCCAAGGCCGCUCCUACACCAUGAUCGCCUACUACGCCCUUCUUUGGCUCGCUGCACUUCUCAACCUGGCAUGGUGCUCUCUUCAGUGUGCUCCUGGGAAGAACGUUGCAUGGAACAUGUUGUCAUUGUUUACAACUGCUGUGAUGUUAUGCUUGGAGAUUAGUUUGAUGGCUUUCUUACUUCAAGAAAAUUAUGCUACUGGUUUGGAAAAGCUAGCACGUACUUUCAUCCUUUCAGGUCUCAUUGUGGGCAUUGAUGCACUUGUCAAGGUGGUUUUUGUAUUUGGAUUCAGUGUGCCUCUAUUUGUCGCCACGAAUGAAACUACACACGGGGUGAAAUGGGGUUUAUGGACCCUAAACAAACUAUUGCUGACAGCAGUUUAUGGCUUCAUAUUGUUUGUGAAUUACUCGAAAUCCGAAGACAAGCUGCCUCCAAGGCCUGAAUUCUACAACUAUGCCCUCGUCAUGUUUGGAACUCAUGCAGUUGCAUUGUUUGCUUGUGGACUCGUUGGAGUUGCUUCUAGCUUUGGACUUUGGUUGUACAAUUUCACUGUUGUUUGCUAUCAUAGCUUUUAUCUUCCUUUCUUGUAUAUAACCUUUCUAGUGGACUUUUUUCAGAAGGAGGAUUUGCUGUUGGACAAUGCAUAUUACUCUGAGAUGAGAGACGCAGGCUUCUUUGACGACGCGGAUUGGGACUAGCUAGCUUUGUUGGGUGAUAUAUAGAUAUAUCAUGUUACCCUCUGUUACAGUAUAUAUAUAUAUAUAUAUAUAGGUGAAGUGAAGGGGAACAAAAUAGAAAAGAGAAAACAGAGAACCUUGUUUUUUAGUUCCCUUGUCAGUUGUAAAUGUAGUCUUUUUUAAGUUCUCACCCAAAAAAAUUAAUCUAAAAAAUAAAAGCCUACCGUUGUUUGA